AUGGAUUAAAUAAUUGAAUUAAUAUAAUGGUCAGCAUAGCCAGACAAUUAGAUUCAAAAAUAAGUAUAUAAAAGAGCAUAGGAAUUGAGUUAAGAUACAUAAUUUUUAAUUCAUUUAUGUUCUGUUAUAAUAGGAAAAUAUGAUGCAGAAAUUAGAUAUAGGGCUGCUGUGAUAUUAAAGAGUGCAAUUAAAAAUUGUUCUACUUUACCUGAAUAAUUAUAGUAAAUGCUUAUUCAAGUUGAUAUAAAUAUAUAAAUAAUGCGGCAGGCAUUUAUUAUUAUUGUACCAGAAGUUGUAGUUAGAAAUGGAAUUAAAAGUAAGCAAAAUAAUUAUUUAAACAUAGAUAGUAAUAUAAUGAUGGAAUAUUUAAUUAAAUUGAUAGACAUUGAUCCAGUAAUUGCAACUGAUUGUUUAUCUAAAAUAAUUGAAGACUUGAAAUUCAAUUCUGAAAAUAUCAAUUACUAUGGAACAGAUUCAGGAUUGUAGUUAAUUGAUCAAUUAAUUUUGAAAUUUAUAUCCUUAGUGGAACAUACAAAUACCUAAGUAGUUGUAAAUUCUUUAAAUUUUUUAAAUUACAAUAUUUUCUUUAUGCCUCCUUCAUUAAACCAAUAUAUUGAUUGUUACAUUAAAAUUUUGAUUACUGGGACACAAUCUUAAGAAUAGUAAAUAAGAUUAAAGUGCUUUUAAGGUAUUUAAGCUUUAAUAGAAACAAAAAGAGAUAAAAUAAAAUAGAUGAAUUUAAUUAUAAUGGCAUGUGUUUAAUCAUUAUAAGAUCCAGACAAAGAAGUUGUUCGAUUUGUUGAAUUAUGUUUAACAGAUUUUCUAAGAAUUGAGGAUGCAGAAGAUUAUGAAUAAAUUCACUUGCUUGAACCCUAUUUAUCAUCAAUAUUGUCACCUAUAAUUCUUAAUCUAGCAAUUACAAGGGCUGAUUAAAUAGCCAUAUAACCAACAUUUUCAAAUAGUUAUAAUUAAAAUGGUAAAAAUGAUGAUGAGGAAUAAGAUGAAGAGAAAACUCUUGGAGAAUAUUCUUUAAGAUCAGUUUCAAAUUUAUUGCUUAAAAAAUUAAUAGAAUUUUAUGAUAAAAUUGUAGUUCCUAUUGUUUUAUAAAUUAUUGAUCAUCUAUAAUAAUAAUAAGAUUGGAAAUAAUAAGAAAUAGCUGUUAUAUGUUUAGGAUUGUUUGCAGAAAAAAUAAUGGAGAAUCAGGGUAAUCUUGUACCAAAUAUAUUAAUGUCUUUGUUUAAUGAAAAGAACCAAUAAAAUGAAUAUAUAUAUGCUUCUACAUUAUGGACCUUCUCAUAAUAUAAUGAAUGGAUUAAAACAGUAGCCAUCAAUGAAACUCAAUUUAUCUAAUCCUAUCUAAAAUUAUUAUUGAUAUCUAUCGAAAAUUAAUCAAUGUAUAAAUUAAAUUUUAUUCUGUAGAAUAGUUAAGGAAUCUGCCUGUUCUGCAUUGAAUUCAUUAUCAAAAGAUGCAUUUUUUAUAUUGAAACCAUAUUUAUUAGAUUUAUUCUAAGUUUAUUUAAAAGCAUUAUCUUAAAAAGGUGGGGUAUUAUUAUACAUUUAUUAAUCAAUAACAACAAUAUUAGCUGAAUGUGAAACUAUUGAAAAUUAGGAAUUAAUAGAUUUAAUAAUGACUAAAUUGAUCAGCAAUUUAGUUGAUUUAAAUGAUUAUAAUAUAUGUCCUCUUUAUGGUAUUAAUAUAUCAUUUCCUUAUAGAAUGUUUGUCAGAAGCUGUUGAAAAAUUUGGAUAAAGAUCAAUAAAAUAUAUUCCAAUUAUUUAUUAAGCAAUAGUGUAAUCUAUGAAUGGUUAUGUAUAAUCCAUAUAAAAUGGAAAAACUAGACUUUUGUAUUAAUAAAAGGAAAUUUUAAAAAGAUCUUUUGAUUUGUGUAUUAAAAUUAUCAACAUUACAAAAGAAAGAUUCUUAGAAUUAUGUGAUUAAUCAUUUUUAUAAAUUGUUGAUCUUGGUUUAUAAGAUUCAGAAAAUGAUGUUAAACAAUAUGCACUUUCAUUGAUAGGUGAUUUAAUUAAAGAUUGCUAUAUAAUUUUCAAAAAUGUUAAUAUUGCUAUUGUAUUGUAAAUAUAUAAUAUAUUAUAGAAAUGAAUACAUUUAUGCUUAAUCAAUUAGUAUUGAUCCUUCUAAAUUAUUUUUAGCUACUUCAAAUAAUGCUGCUUGGGCAUUGGGAGAAUUAGCUAUAAAAGAUCCAACUAAAAUUACAGUGAUCUUUAAUGCAGUUAUGGAGAAAUUGAUAAAAAUAAUAAAUGAACCAAAAUUUCCAAAAUCUAUUGCAUAAAAUUUAUGUAUUGCAAUAUGUAGGAUUGCUGGAUCACAUAUGUAAUAAAUUGAAGAACUUAUACCUAAUUUUUUUAAAAGAGUUUGUUUAAUACUUAGUUAAAUAAAGAGUUAAUCUUUAGAUGAAUAUAAAGAGGAAUCAUUUAAGUAUUAUAAUUUAUGAAAAUAUAGGAUUCUAAUAAAUAUAGUGAAAAUGUAUCCAGGGAGAGUAAUAAACGAUAUCAAAUAUUUUGUUUAUUGUAUUGUCGUAUCUACAGAGUUCCCAUCUAUUAAACCUCUUUUUGUUAAUAUUUUAUAAGAAUUGUAAUAGUCUUUUGGCUAGCAGAAAUUUGAUAGUAUGUUUAGUACUGAUGACUUGCCUAAAGGAUUUAGGAUGAAAAUGAUCAAUAUUUAUGGUGUGUGA